CGCAUUCACAAGAGAUGGACUCUGUGGUCUGUGGAAUGAAAUGGUUAAAGAUGGAGAAAUUGUGUACACUGGGACAGAGUUAACCCAGGAUCAAGAACUCCCUUCUAGGAAGGAUGAUGGUGCUGAUACUCAGAAUGGAACCAAGAAAGAAGAUCUUACUGACAAAGAGAAGAAGGAGGAGGAAGAGAUGCCUGCACCCGUGUAUAAAGUCAAAUCAAUCCUGGAGAGUUGGGUGUGGGGCAAGCAACCAGGUCCUACUUGUGACAGUGUUGAGGAGGACAUGAGUGCUUCUGCCCGGGGAGCCUCUGCUUCAGUGUUGGAGGAAACAAGGAAGGAAACCGCUCCUGUUCAGCUCCCUGUUUCAGGGCCAGAACUGGCUGCUAUGAUGAAGAUUUGAACCAGGGUCAUGAGAGGCGUGGACUGGAAGUGGGGUGACCAGGAUGGGCCUCCGCCAGGCUUAGGCCGUGUAAUUGGUGAGCUGGGAGAGGAUGGCUGGAUCAGGGUCCAGUGGGACACGGGCAGCACUAACUCAUACAGGAUGGGUAAAGAAGGAAAGUAUGACCUCAAGCUGGUGGAGUUGCCAGUGUCAUCACAGCCCUCUGCAGAGGAUUCAGACACAGAAGAUGACUCAGCUCCUCCAGACAGACUGGUGUGCAGGGAGCAGCACCGGAGCUGGUGUACACUGGGCUUCGUCCGGAGCAUCGCACUCACCCCGCAGGCCUGCGGGGCCCUCAGCUCCCCAAGGUGGAUCACGCUGCUCAUGAAGAUUGUGGAGGGGCAUGCGCCCUUCACUGCCGCCUCCCUGCAGAGGCAGAUCUUAGCUGUCCAUUUACUACAAGCAGUUCUUCCGUCAUGGGACAAGACGGAAAGGGCACGGGACAUGAAGUGUCUGGUGGAAAAGCUGUUUGGCUUCCUGGGCAGCUUGCUCACUACUUGUUCUUCUGAUGUCCCAUUCCUUAGAGAAUCCACAUUGAGGAAGCGGAGGGCGCGGCCGCAGGCUUCCUUGACUGCCACUCACAGCAGCACUCUGGCUGAGGAGGUGGUGGGGCUGCUCCGCACUCUGCACUCGCUCACCCAGUGGAACGGCCUCAUCAACAAAUACAUUAACUCCCAGCUCUGCUCCGUCACACACAGCUGCUCUGGGAAGACUCCAGAAAGGGCCCUGCUGGAGGACUACUUCCCAGACUCUGAGAACCUGGAAGUGGGGGGCCUCAGGGCAGUGCUGGCUGUGAUUGGAGGGAUCGAUGGCCGACUGCGCCUGGGAAGCCAGGUCAUGCAUGAUGAGUUUGGAGAGGGCACAGUGACUCGCAUCACCCCGAAGGGCAGAAUCACUGUGCAGUUCUGUGACAUGCGCAUGUGCCGAGUUUGCCCGUUGAAUCAGCUCAAACCGACAGGGUUUCUUCAUCAGCAACUCUUUGAAGGAUUUUGUGCCCUUUCUUCAGCUCCCUGCUGUGGCCUUUAGCCUAAACAACCUGCCUUUCACGGAGCCUAUGCUUUCUGUCUGGGCUGAGUUGGUGAACCUUGCUGGA